AUGAGUUUAAAAUACAAAGAUGGGCUUGAGUACAGUACGAUCAUGGACAAUAAAGACAUACUAGCUCAUUUUCGUCAAAGAUUCUAUGUUAAAGAAGACAAUAUCUAUAUGUGCGGUAACUCCCUGGGACUCGCGUCUAAGGAUGCCGAAAAGUGUAUUUUAAACGCUAUCGAGAAAUGGAAAACACAUGGAGUUCAGAUGUGGAAUGUAGAUAGACAUAAAUACUAUGAACAUUCGAAGCGUUUGGGAGGACUAAUGGCCAAAUUAGUGGGAGCGGAUUCUGAUGAAGUCACAGUGACAGGAUCCACCACAGUUAAUAUCCAUCAAGCAAUCGCUACCUUCUAUAAACCCACGAAAAAAAGAUUUAAAAUACUCGUCGAUGACACGAAUUUCCCCACAGACAGAUACGCGGUCGACAGUCAGGUCAUCUUGAAAGGAUUCACACCAAAAGAUGCCGUCAAAAUCGUGAAGGCCAAAGGAAGAUACGUUUUAGAAGAAGACGUAAUUAGUGCCAUGACAGAGGAAGUAGCCCUAGUACUAUUACCAGCUGUAUAUUAUAACACAGCACAGUUAUUAGAUAUGAGAAGGAUCAGUUACGCCGCAAAGGAAAAAGGAAUACUUGUAGGGUGGGAUUUAAGUCACGCUGUGGGUUGUACAGACAUCGAUUUGAAGUGUUUAGACGUGGAUUUUGCUGUUUGGUGUACUUACAAAUAUCUUAACGGCGGUCCUGGUUCUCCCGCCGGGUUGUACAUUAAUAGGAAACAUUUCAACUUAGUCCCAGGCUUGGCUGGGUGGUGGGGGAAUAAGAUCGAAACACAAUUCCUAUUACGACAACAGUUUGAGCAUAGAAAGGACGCGGGCGGCUGGCAAAUUGGGACGCCGCACUUACUAUCUAUGGCCGGCUUAGAAGGUUCGCUGAAAAUGUUUCUAGAGGCGGGUAUGAGUAAUAUUAGGAAAAAAUCACUGGAAAUAACAGGUUAUUUGAUAUUCCUGGUAGAAACUAAACUAUCAGCAUUUGGUUUUACGAUCGGCUCUCCAAGAGAAGAAAAUAGGAGAGGCGGCCAUGUGUGUGUGGAACAUGAACAAGCUUAUAGAAUAUCUUUAGCUCUGAAAACUCGUGGAGUAACUUCUGAUUUCAGAGAACCAAAUAUCUUACGAUUUACACCAGCUGCUCUGUAUAUCAGUUAUGAAGAUGUUUAUAAGAUGGUUGACAUCUUGAUGGACAUAGCCAAAAACGAAACCUAUAAAAAAAUAACCCCCAAAAGGAACAUGGUGUUGUGA